AUGAAGGUCAUUGUCGUUGGCGCAGGAAUCGGUGGUCUCGCGGCUGCUAUUGGUCUUCGAAGAGCCGGUCAUGAAGUGUUGAUUUUCGAUAAAUCCUCUCUAUCCCAUGAAGUUGGCGCGGCUAUCAACGUUCAACCCAAUGCAGCUCGAGUCGUCGCUAAGUGGGGUUUUGAUUUCAAAAGAGCACGUUUGGUAACCGCUAAAUCCAUAACCGUUACUUUAGGAGAAGAACUCGUUGAUACCGACUUGAUAGAGUGGACGAAUACGGAAGAGAAAUACGGCUACGAGUCUUUCUAUAGUCAUAGAGUUGAUUUACACACGGAACUGAAGUUACUUGCCACAGGAGAAGAAGGAGAGGGAAAACCAGCCGUGAUCUAUAACAGAUGCGAAGUUGUCGAUUAUGACACCGCAAAUGGAUCGGUAACUCUCGCUGAUGGAACCAUCAAGACAGCAGACUUGGUUGUCGGUGCUGACGGUAUUCAUUCCUCAGCAGUAAGAAGAAUUGUAGGCUACGAGAACCCAGCAAUUCCAACAGGUAUCUCUUGUUUCCGAACCUUGAUCCCUGUUCAAGAGAUUCGAGAUGAUCCUGAAUGCGCAUUUUUCAUGGAAGAAAUGGAAGGGAAACUUCGGAUGUUCAUUUGGCCCAAACAUGAUCAUCAGAAGGUUGUUUGGUAUCCCUGUCGAGAGAAUGAAGUACUCAAUAUCGCAGUUUUUUGUGCUGAUAAAGAGGAUCUUGUCGCCGCCCAGGACUGGAAUAAUUGUAUUCCAACCCAAGUCCUUGUCGAUGCAGUCAAAGAUUCUCAUCCUUCACUUCGGCAUUUGUUAUCAAAGACAAAAGAUGUCAGACUCUGGAAACUCCUUUAUAGGGCCCCUCUUCCUUCCUGGCAUCAAGGAAAACUCGUCAUUCUAGGCGAUGCUGCACACCCUAUGUUACCUUUCCAAGGCCAAGCCGGCGCCCAAGCCCUAGAAGACGGUUGUGCCCUCGGCAUCCUCUUUUCCAAUCUACCUGAAGGAAGUAUCACACAAGAGACCAUCUCAGCCCGUCUUGCCAGCUUCGAAAAAAUAAGAAGAACUCGUGCAAGUGCCACACAAAUGCUGUCAAACGGUGGAUACUUUCAAUCGGAAGCAGAUACCAAGAAGGUCCAGAAAUAUAUGGAAGAGGGUCAAACUGCACCUUCAACUCCCGAAGCAUAUAAAGAAUACUUCUACACUCAUGAUGUCGCAAAAGCUGCCCAGGAGGAAUUAGAGAGACUCACUCGAUCGGUGGGAUUGGCAUCGAAUUCUAGCUGUGGAAAUGAGAAAAUGGGAGAUAUCCCCGGGAAAGCUACUGAGAUGGUUUCUGUGAGGAAUUGA